UCCGCAGUCCAAAGCCGGAAGAGCGUAGACCCGGAACCGGAUGUGGCUUGCGGCUCCGGUGGCUGAGCGCGCGAGGAAAUGGCCACGGGGACAGACCAGGUGGUGGGACUCGGCCUCGUCGCCGUUAGCCUGAUCAUCUUCACCUACUACACCGCCUGGGUGAUUCUCUUGCCAUUCAUCGACAGUCAGCAUGUCAUCCACAAGUAUUUCCUGCCCCGAGCCUAUGCUGUCGCCAUCCCACUGGCUGCAGGCCUCCUGCUGCUCCUGUUUGUGGGACUGUUCAUCUCCUACGUGAUGCUGAAGAGCAACAGAGUGACCAAGAAGGCUCAGUGAAGGUCCCGCGGGGAUGAGGCUGCUAGCCCCUUCUCUGCUUCCCCUCCAGCGCAGGGACCAAGGGGAGCCUGCAGAACCUGUCCAGGCACAGUGGCUCCUCAAGCCUGCAGAACCUGUCCAGGCACAGUGGCUUCUCAAGCCUGCCUGCCCUGCAGAGUCCCCAAGGCAUGGAGCUUACCCCUGACUGACUGGAGCCCCCUCCCUGACUCCCACUUCCAGAAGCUAGGAGGGAGGGAUACCUGCAAGACUCCAGUCACCCCCUUCUUGCUCAGGGCCUCAAAGAUGCUGGUCCUCCCGCCCUCACUCUCAGACUCCCUGCCACCUUUUCCCCUGGGUUCUGCCGUCUUGCCUCACUUCCCCCUUGUCACAUGCUGACGUUGGACUUAGCAGGUUCUAAGGCCGCAUGUGUGACCUCUCUGACCUCUCUCCACAAGCCCUGCUCCUCCACCAAGGCAGCUUUCCUUAGCCUGACACAGCCCCAGACCCCACAAAGCUUUCUGGACCUGGAAAGCCUGGGGAAGGACUGACAGACCCCAAGACCAGCCCUGGGGCUCAGGGCAGCCACCCCGGGCCGCUGACUGACCCACCGCUCCUCAUGGAGGCCCAGCCCCAAAGCCCCAGGGCUGGCCCGUUUGGGACGGCUGACCAAUAAACACUGACUGUGUGUUUA